AAAAAACAAAUUUUAAUUUUCACUGUUUUUAAUUUUUCAUUUCGUGUUUCAAUUUUCAAUCUAUAAUCUUAAACGACUAAUCACUAAAGUAAAAAUGGAUAAUGUGGAACUGAUUGCUGUGCACUGAAACAUCGGCUGUCUGUUGUGCAUAGGACAAAAACAUGUUUAAUAAGGAGACAAUGGCCCCUAAUUGUCCCUAUCAUUGUUUUGAGAUUAGUUCUGUUUAUGUUUAGAACUUGCUUUGUCAAUUGCGGAACUACUGGCAGAGCCAUUUUGCACUGUCUGCAGAUAUUUACCGAAUUCAGGCUCCCACUUAUGAGACGGACAAUGGCAGGAGCAGGUAGGGGCUAGCAAAUUGUUAAGUAUGUACAUAAUAUUAAUAAAAAAUUCUAGAGUUUACGGCCAACACCAGCUCAAGUAAAAACAGUGCUCAGUUUUCUAGAACAGAGUCCAGAAAUGGCUUGGAAGGAAAUGAGAAGUGAAAACACAGGUUUUCAUGAAAUUAAAAAAAUGUGGGAAGAGCUAACUAAAAUUGUAAAUUCGAUGUAUGGGGCACAUAAAAGUACUAGUGCCUGGAUGAAGUAUUGGCAAGAUAAAAGAAGAAAUGUUCUAGUAAAAAGCAGAUUAAUAAAGCAAGGAAAAGUUAAACUAGCCCUUACAUCAAUAGAUAAAAGGGUAAUAAAAUUACAUCAAAUGAGAAGAAAUCAUAAAGUUAUAAGAAACAAGCCGUCUAAUGGAGAAGACAAUUCUGUUGAUGAUGCAUAUGAGGUUCCCAAUGAUGACGGAAUAGUUACUAAUGAUUUUGAAGAUAAAAGUUGGAACCUAAUGGGUACAAUGAUUGAUGUAAUGGGAAAACAGGCAGAAGCUCUUACUCAUAUAGGUCAAGAGUCAUUAAAAAAAUCUGAAGCAAUGGAACAAAUCGCAGAAGCGUCCUUAAGACAGGCUCUGGCAGUUGACAAAUUAGCAAUUAUAUUUGAUGGAUUCAGUGGCUCACUGUAUGACGUUAGAAACGCUAUUAUGAGCAUAGACUAUACCAUGAAGAGGUGUUACCCCCCUUAACUCAUAAAAUAGAAACAACCCUAUAUUAUUUAGUUAAGGGCUAAUUUAUUUUUAUAAAUAAGUUUUACAGCAAAAUAUGUAUUAUCCAUGUGGAUUAGGUUUAUAAUAUAAGUAUUUCUAAGUAAAUACUGCACAUUUCAAUGAAAGAGAAGUACCGAAAACGUUAAUAUAGUAAUAUUUUCGUGUCUAUACAAAAGUGUAAAUUAAAGUUCGAUUUAAAUGAUUACAUUAUAAAUGUUCUUUUAUUUUUCAUUUAAUAGAUUUUGGGUAAUAUAAAUUGUGUACAUUUAUAUUCAUUAUUUAGUUUAGUUUAGUUUUAAUUAAAUAUCAACCAAGGCGCAGUCAGAAGAGAUACAAUUAUAAUAUUGCGUACAUAUCUUUUAAACUACAUAAAGCAUUCCGUUAAAAGCCUUUUUAAAAUGUCCUACACGUAUGGACUUAUAAUAAAAAUAGUUAAAAUCAUGUAAUUCAUUGCAAUUCACGACACUUGGUGCGUGAUCUGAGCUAUUGUGGAAUAACUAUCUACUGAGGUUUUAACUAGUAGUUCAAUAAAUAAAAAUAUUCGUAAGUU